UUGACAUUUGAAGGACCUUUCUCGAUAAAAUUUCUUUUCACAGAAUCAUUCACCGGGUUACAACGUCGGAGCGCAAAACCUUAUUUUUGCCAAGUCAUCCAGAAGGUCAUAACCUCAAAACGAACCAAAUUGCAUUCAUUUCCUUUUCAUCUUCAUUAUUAAGAGAAAUUACGAGAAAUAGACAUGAAAUUUAAAAUCCUGAUCGAUGGCAAGAACAUUGUGCGCGUGGAGUGUCCUGGCUACGCAACUCAGCGCUUUUGUGUGAAAGUCCAUGCUGGAAGAAUCACUCUGGAGAACGUCUUCCCCAAUCGUGGAGGCUUCACCAGGGGCGGGGCUUAUAUCACUGCGUCGAAGCCCAAGACUGUGGCCUCCAAGAAGUCCGUUAAGCGCCCCGCGACGGAGCCAGUGCGUCGUCGUCCCAUUCAGUUCAGUCUGCAGGAUGGAGUGGAUGUGUGGAUGGACACGGAAAUGCGCCAGCCUUCUGAGGGCCAACGAUUUGGUUCCCAGGGGUUAGGUGGCUAUGGCGAUAGACUCUUCAAGCUUGAUGUGUGGCAGCCAAUCCCGGCCAGCCGUGAAGUGGCCAAGAAUGCUGCAUCGAGGCGCAAGACUUUGUCCAGAAAGAAGGAAAACUUUCCCUUAAGGGCCACCAUUACCAAGAAAAAGCAAUUUGACGAAUCCUCGAUGCCGACUGCAACCUCAACGCCUCACCAAAAGCGUAGGAAGACCGGAUUGUUAUCCGAAACCACGGAGCGGAAGCCGACCCAGAAAGUAUACAGUCCAUCUCUACGUGUGGACCAAACGAUUAUACUCGGCAAACGCAAUGCCGAUGGAUUGUCCGCCAAGGCAUUUAGCAUGAUGACGAUCCGUCCAAGCCUGGUGAAGGCAGAGACGAAGCAGCGAUCUCAGGACUUGAUGACCUCCCUGAACGACCUGGGCAAGCACCAGGUAACCACUUCCAAUGGGCAGCGUCACAGCGCCAGCUUAAAAUCUUUGGAAAGAGAGCAGAAGAGGCUGACAAAGAAGAAGAUUGAAAAAAAGAUGGCAAAGAAGAAGAUCGAAAAAAAGAUGGCAAAGAAGAUAGAAGAAAUGAAGAUGGCAAACGAGAAGAAGGAGAAACGGGAGAUGCUAAGACAGAAGAUGGUAAAGGAAGAGAAGGAGAGAAAGAUGAUGCUAAGGCAGAAGAUGGUAAAGGAAAAGAUGGCCAAGAUAGCCAAGAAGAUUGCAAAGGAAAAGAUGGCCAAGAUAGCCAAGAAGAUGGCAAAGGAAAAGAUGGCCAAGAUAGCCAAGAAGAUGGCAAAGGAAAAGAUGGCCAAGAUAGCCAAGAAGAUGGCAAAGGAAAAGAUGGCCAAGCAGAUGGUAAGGAAGAAGAUGGAGAAAGAGAAGAUGGCGAAGCAGAAGAUGGCAAAGCAACUUCGCGACAUAAUGAAGAAUCUGAACAAUGGGAAGAAUUGAAAAGCGUUGAAACUGCAGGGCCGCAAGAAGUUCUAAACACUGGGUGUUAACAAAUUUCUGGAUAAUCGUUUAUAUAGAAUAAAUAUUAUUAUAUUCUUCAAAAUGCA